AUGCCACAUUCUACCGUCGUGUCGUCCCCAGGAAAGGUCCUAAUCGCGGGCGGAUAUCUCGUCCUCGAUCCUGCCUACUCUGGCAUUGUUGUCUCGGCUUCGUCCCGGUUCUACACCGUCAUAACGGACGGGCUGCCCAACCAGAUCCGUGUUCGAUCCCCCCAGUUCGAAGCCGCGACCUGGACAUACAAUGUCUCCUGGACUCCUUCUGUCCAGGUCGAACAAGCUGCACAACAGUCGAGCACCAAUAAAUUUGUCCAUCUUGCUCUAAAAAAGACACUCGCCCUUGUCUCUGAAAUCAAGGGGUUGCCUUCCCUGCAGGACUCCUUGGCCAGGGGCCUUGAUAUCGCCAUUGCUGGCGACAAUGAUUUCUACUCCCAGAGAGCCAAGUUGGCGUCACUAGACCUUCCACGAACAAUCACCUCCCUAGAACUUAUAGAACCAUUCGCUGCUACCGGCGUAUCAUUAUCCAAUGUCCACAAGACGGGCAUGGGCUCCUCCGCGGCACUCAUCACAUCCCUGGUCUCUGCUCUACUACUUCAUCUCGGUGCCAUACCUGCAUCAUCAUUCUCAGACGUCAACAGCGACGGCAGACGGCUGGCCCACAAUCUCGCACAAUACGUACACUGUCUAGCACAGGGCAAGGUCGGCAGUGGGUUCGACGUGUCGUCCGCCGUGUUUGGCAGUCACAUCUACACUCGUUUCGCGCCGGGGGUUCUGAAUGACUUGAUGAGCGACGACUCGACAUCGGCCCACCCCCUCCUGCCUGUCCUGUCGCCUUUCAACGAGGCCUGGAAUUAUCGAGUACAGCCAUUCCAACUCCCUCCGUUGACCCGAAUCAUGCUGGCCGACGUCGACGCUGGCAGUGAUACACCCUCAUUGGUGGGUAAGGUCCUUAGAUGGAGAAACGAAGACUCCGAACGAGCCGGCGCGCUGUGGACCGCACUGGAUCAGCUAAACCAAUCCCUCGCACAGACGCUCAUCCAAAUCUCAAACCUGUACACGGCCGAUCCACAAAGCUACGAGAGUGCCGUCAAAUAUAUCUCAUCAUUAAAUCACUUUCAGUGGCUCGCAAAUCCAGAUGCCCCACCAGAGGAAAUGCCGGUUAUUUCCACAUUCUAUGCAGCCCACAUAAUAUCUGAGUCAAUUCGAGAAAAGAUGCGAGAAAUGGGAGCGUUAGCUGAUGUUCCAAUCGAACCGGAAGAACAGACCCGGCUGCUAGACGCGUGUAUAUCCCAAGCCGGCGUGAUUGGCGGAGGAGUCCCUGGAGCCGGUGGCUAUGAUGCUGUGUGGCUACUUGUCCUCGAUCCAGUCGACCCAUCGCCCGAUCAACCGCCUCGAGUACGUGUGGAGCAUGUUUGGGAAACGUACAGCUCCGUUUCGCCGCUAUCUGCCGUCGAAAGCUUGGCCAAGGGUACCAGAGUCGAGGUGCUCGAACACAUCAAAGGCCUCAAAGAAGCCGUCUCCCAAAAGUCGUAGGCGUAGUGAUGAUACUGCACGGAAUUUUAUAAUUUACAUAAUGGUUGUCCGUAUAAUGUCCAGGUCUAGAUACGCAGCACUUCAUCCAUGCGUUCCGUUUUAUGAUGGCGCGCGGUUUACAUGCAGAUUUUCGCGUUGCCUUCCGGAGUCCAGGUCUUGCCCAGCGCUUGAAACAAAGAGAUAGCCAUCACCGUUACUCCGAAUGCCACGCAACAAACAGCAGGCAGCUUUCUUCGGCUAUGCCACGGUGAUUCGGGGCUUAUGAGUUUGAGGUAACAGGCGGCAGGGAAAAUGAAUGCCAGCGCUGUAGCUGAUACGCCGCCGGUAAUCUCAAGCAUCACCCCAAGGUCACAAGUAACCAGUGCAACUAUAAAUUCGUUUAGUCAUAACGGCUUUGACGGCAAGUAGUGUUUACCUAGCAUCGGCAUAAAUAAAAUGCUUGUAGUGAAGAAUAUAUGCCGUUGUUGAUUGAAAGGCUCAUGAGAAAAGAAAUAUUGC